GCGGUGCACCGCUGCGACGCCUCCCGCCUCGCGGAGGAGACGCGCCCCGCGCAGGUGCUGAAGCUCCUGGAGCACGGGGCGAGGGGGGCGGGCGACAAGCCGCGGCAGGAGGGUCCCCUCUGCUCGUGUGGCGGCCAGCUCCAGCGCCUGUCCAUUCAGGCGCGGCUGAAGGAGACGAGCUCCCUGGCUACGACUGCGUCAUAUGCAGCCUCUGCGACGGGCGGGUGCGGUCGGACACCGUCUGGAGGUGCCAGAGCGGGGAAAACACCAUGCUGCACCCGCUCUCCUACGACGUCUGCGAGCAUUGCAUGGACCUGUACUCGGGCGCAGAACUCUGCCUCGCCAUCUAG